GCCAAGUCCCGUCUUCCCGGGUAAGUGGUCCGACGUACAUUCCCAGCAACGCAGUCGUUUCCAACUGCACACUUGUUUCACGAACAACUUCGAGACCGGUGGUCUACUGCAGUCUUAUUAGAAUGCUGAGUACGCUAUCGAGGGCUACCCGUCUGAACGCCGCUUGUCCUAGAAGCCGGUGGUACCAUGCCACCAUCAUUCCACCCUUAAUCUCCACAUCCUCACCUGAGUUCCGCCAGAGAGCGGAGAGCAUGGAUUUACUUGUGGCAGACUUGAAGAGCAGGCUAACACAGGCCAGGCAAGGUGGUGGUCUGAAGGCUGCAGAGCGGAUGCGGAGCAAGGGCAAGAAGCUCCCUCGGGAAAGACUAUCAUUGUUGUUAGACCCGAGUACACCUUUCUUGGAGCUCUCCCCGUUGGCUGCGCAGGAUGUGUAUCCUGGCGAGAACGUUCCAGGGGCCGGAAUCAUCACAGGCAUCGGGCGGGUAUCCGGCCGAGAAUGCAUGAUAGUUGUGAACGAUGCAACUGUGAAAGGCGGAUCUUAUUACCCAUUGACAGUCAAGAAACAUAUCCGUGCCCAAGAAAUUGCACGAGAAAACCGACUACCCUGUAUCUAUGUUGUGGAAUCAGGAGGGGCAGCUCUGCCGCACCAAGCCAACGUAUUCCCAGAUAGGGAUCACUUUGGCCGAAUUUUCUACAAUAUGGCACAAAUGUCUGCUCUCGGCAUCCCACAGAUAGCUUCUGUGCACGGCAUAUCCGUAGCCGGUGGUGCCUAUGUGCCUGCCAUGGCGGACGAAAAUAUUAUCGUACGAGAACAGGGACGCAUUUUCCUCGCUGGCCCCCCUCUAGUGAAGGCGGCGACUGGCGAAGAGGUCGAUGAGGAGACUCUGGGUGGCGGUCAGAUGCAUUCUUCCGAGAGCGGUGUGACAGACCAUCUUGCGAGAGAUGACAAGCACGCCAUAGCCAUUGCAAGAGGUAUCAUCGGCGAUCUGGGUGCGGCAGGUGGAAAGACCACCCCUCCAUCAGCUCCAACGGAAGAUCCGCUCUACCCUGCAUCAGAAUUGCAUGGCAUUGUUGGUACAGACCCCCGGCAACCAUUUGACAUGCGAGAUGUGAUUGCUCGUAUUGUGGAUGGUAGUCGUUUCAGAGAAUUUAAGAAGGAAUAUGGGCCUACUAUCGUUACCGGGUUUGCACAUAUCCACGGAUAUGAAGUGGGAAUAAUUGCCAACAAUGGCAUCCUUUUCUCUCCUUCCGCGUUGAAGGCCACGCAUUUCAUUCAGCUAUGCUCACAACGUCAGAUACCGUUAUUGUUUCUUGUGAACAUAACAGGUUAUAUGGUGGGGUCGAAGGCUGAGAAAGGCGGGAUAGCAAAAGACGGUGCAAAGAUGGUUCGCGCCGUGGCAUGCGCCAACGUACCCAAGUUAACUGUAAUCGUUGGAGGAAGUUUCGGUGCUGGAAACUACGGGAUGGCUGGUCGUGCGUAUUCGCCGCGUUUCCUGUGGAUGUGGCCUAAUGCCAAGGUAUCUGUGAUGGGUUCAGGACAGCUGUCCCAGGUCAUGACUGCAGUCUCGAGGGAUCCUGGCCAGCAUGCGUCGUUGAAGGCGGAGAUUGAGUCGCAAUCCACAGCACUGUAUUCUACAGCUCGACUUUGGGACGAUGGAAUAAUUCAGCCAACCGAAACUCGUGACGUAGUAGGUCUAGGACUUGCGCUUGCUUUCAGAGAACGUACAAGUCCCCAUACACCGUAUGCCCGUUUGACAACAUGGGAAGGGGGCGCUGAAAGAUUUGGUGUCUUUCGGAUGUAGCCACGGAAGUAACUUAAGGUUUCGUCACAUACUCCGGUCGAGAUGUAAUUUGUAAUUAAAUUGAGCUUCGUAGUUGUUACCUGUAAUU